GAAAUUUUAAGUUCAGUUUUUCGUUUAUUUUUUCAUUAAAAUAAAGAUAAGAACGUGCUAAUGGGGCAAAUUAGAAAUUAUUAGUUAGUUAAGGACAGCAGGGUAAAGAAAUUCUAUAUUGCAACAAUUUUGAUUUUUUUUUCGUACGGAAAUCCAUAUCUUUUAAGAUUGUUAAGUACUUUGGAUAUUUAUAAAUCUUCAGUUACAACAAAAUAAGAAACUACAUCUACAAACAUCAUGUCCAAGGUCGAAUUAAAGAACGAAACUACGACUGAGAAAUCAAAUGAAAAAGAACAUUCGCCACCCGAUGAAACAUCCAACGUAAUAUUAGCAAUCAAAGUCAAGGAAUUGGACAAAUUUGUUAACGAGGCGUCGUCCGUCACAGGGAAAUACACGAUCGAAACUUGGUGCCCGAUGUUUAAAGAGAGUCGCAACCGUGAUAAGAACGCAAUCGAGCGAAUUAAUGAAGUUAUACAAAUGUUAGAGACAAAGGAAAAAGACUUAACAGAAAAAAAAUCUGCUUUGUUCGGGAAAUUAGAAGUAGUCUCAAAUAACUUGUCUCACGCCCAACCUAUUUAAUUUGUGACGUCAUACACCUAACGAUGACGUCAUAGACCUACUGCCCGACGAUAUUUAGUAGUUCUUGUGUUAUUUUUCGCAAAUAUAAAUAUAUUUUUGUGUCUUGUUACUGCCAGGCAAAUAUAAGUCUUAAAACAGCCG